CAGCUCGUUUCCGGGGUUUAGCUCCCACCUUCAUCGUGCGGCAGGAAGUGUUCGUUGAGUUAAUUCAUGUUCAGAAAAUGGAUUAAAUUCGAGUUUUCCUGGAGUUAUCAGAGUCACACGUCUCUAGAGGAUGUCUUCCACGGUGAGGAGUGGAGACAUUAUCCAUCUAAAUGUUGGCGGGAAGAGGUUCAGCACCUCUCGACAGACGCUCACCUGGGUUCCUGACUCCUUCUUCUCCAGCCUUCUGAGCGGCCGCAUCUCAACUCUGAAAGAUGAUGACGGAGCCAUCUUCAUCGAUAGGGACCCCUCUCUGUUCGCUCCCAUCCUCAACUUCCUGCGGAGCAAAGAGCUGUACCCUCGCUCCAUCAACGUGCACAUGCUCAUGCACGAGGCUGAGUUCUACGGGAUCACGCCGCUGGUGCGAAAGCUGCAGCUGUGUGAUGAGUUGGACCGAUCCUCCUGCGGAAACGUUCUGUUCAACGGCUACCUGCCUCCAGCAGUGUACCCUGCGAAGCGUCGGAACCGUCACAGUGUGGCUGGAUCACAGUUCAUGACGGGUCGGGCCGGGCCGGUGGAGAGGGCACCAGUCAGACGCAGCAACACGAUGCCUCCCAACCUGGGGAACUCUGGGCUUCUGGGUCGGGCCGAGGAGAGGACGUCUGCAGGUGGAUCCUCAGAUCCUGGCUUGGUUCGGAUCAUCUGCGGGCAUCAUAACUGGAUCGCCGUGGCUUACGCACAGUUUGUCGUCUGCUACAGGAUGAAGGAGUCCACCGGGUGGCAGCAGGUCUUCACCUCCCCUCGCCUCGACUGCAUGAUCGACAGAGUCGCUCUCAACGCCAAGGUGAUGGGCGGCUCGCUGGGAGACAACGACAAGAUGGUGGCCGUCGCCUCGGUGACAGAGAUUAUCCUCUGGUCCAUCUGUCCCGACGGCAACGGGAAAGAAAUCGGCGUGUUCAGCCUCAAUGUGCCGGCCGAGGCUCUCUUCUUUGUUGGUAACCAGCUGAUCGCCACCAGCCACACUGGGAAGGUUGGAGUUUGGAAUGCUGUCACCAAACACUGGCAGAACCAGGAUGUGGUUCCCAUCAGUAGCUAUGACACGGCCGGCUCGUUCCUCAUCCUGGGCUGCAAUAACGGAUCCAUCUACUACAUCGAUGUUCAGAAGUUUCCUCUGAGGAUGAAGGACAACGACCUGCUGGUGACGGAGCUCUACAGAGAUCCAACUGAAGACGCCAUCACUGCACUCAGCGUCUACCUGACACCCAAAACCAGUGACAGUGGGAACUGGAUCGAGAUCGCAUACGGGACCAGUUCUGGCACGGUCCGGGUCAUCGUUCAGCAUCCAGAGACGGUCGGCUCUGGGCCGCAGCUGUUCCAGACCUUCUCUGUCCACCGCAGCCCAGUCACCAAGAUCAUGCUGUCUGAGAAACACCUCAUAUCAGUUUGUGCGGAUAACAACCACGUGCGAACUUGGACGGUGACCCGCUUCAGAGGGAUGAUCUCCACACAGCCUGGAUCCACUCCGCUCACCUCCUUUAAGAUCCUGAGCCUGGACGACAUCGACGGACACGGCGGCUGCAGCGCCGGGACGGAGAUCGGUCCAUACGGGGAGCGAGACGACCAGCAGGUGUUCAUCCAAAGAGUCGUUCCAGAUACGGAUAAACUCUACGUCAGGCUGUCGUCCAACGGAAAGAGGGUGUGUGAGGUACGAUCGGUGGACGGGACCUCCAUCACCGCCUUCAUGGUCCACGAGUGCGAGGGCUCAAGUCGCAUCGGCUCGCGGCCGCGUCGCUACCUGUUCAGUGGCCACGGCAACGGCAGCAUCCAGAUGUGGGACCUGACCACGGCCAUGGAAAUCGCUGGGAAAGUGGACAUCAGAGCACUGGGCGGGCCGACGGAGGAGGAGCUACUGGAGCUGCUUGACCAGUGUGACCUGGCUCUGACCCGGACACCUGACAGUACACCCAGGGCCUCCACCUGCAGCCUCCACUCUCAGCUCAGCGACACUUUCCGGCCAGAACGUUUCCACUCAGCUGGAGGACGAGGACCAGCCGGAGUGUCGGGAUCCUCUGCCUCGCUGUGCAGCACCCUCCCUCGGCAGACUCUGCCCCCAGCAUCCCUGACCAGAACAACCAGAGAGGCCGCCCUCUCAGCUGGCUUUCAGGGUUUCUACGGUCCCGCCCGCAAUCAGAGCCCGAGCCCCCAUCCACCCCGACACCACCCAGACAGGGACAGAGAGGCGGUCCGCAGGGGCAGCUUCGUAGAGCGGUGCCAGGAGCUCGCUAAGAGCCCUGAAGCUGCGGCGAGCUCAGCUUUUGGGAUGCCGCCCUGGUCGGAGGGCGUGAGGCGCAGCGUGGCGGUCUGCAAUGAGCUGGAGGCCAGAUUCAACCUCAGGACCCCCACCAGCUUCACCGUUUCCCCUGGAGCCCGGCACCCACCUGGAACACCUUCAUCCAUGUCCUCUUCGCCGUUAUCCUCCUCUUCAUCGCACCGCAGGGCCACGUCCACCUCCCCGACAAGCCCCGCCUCCACAAUGCCGAGUCCAAACCGCUCUUUAACACCCGUAUCAUCUCGUCGUGGUGCCGCAGCGUCCCCCGCAGAAGCAUCGGUGUCACCAGAGAGUCCAGAUGGAACCGGUGGUGGGACUCCAUCCAGCCCCAAACUGCACAUGAACGAGACCAGCUUCUGAUUGGCUACUUGGACCCAACCCAGUUUCUGAUUGGCUGACCAGACCCAAACUAGUCUCUGAUUGGCUAGUCACACCUAAUGCUGCUUCUGAUUGGCUGACCAGACUCAGAACAGCCUACAAUUGGCCGACCAGAUUGAGAUGUUUCUUCAGCAGUUUCAGAUUUCUUUAAAAGCUUCUGAACGUUGAUGAGCUCCUAAUUUUCAUCAGACUCCCAGCAGGUGGCACUAUAGAGCAGAGAAUAAACACUACAGCAUCUCGGGGACAGUUGUUUUUCUAGCUUUUAUAUCAGACAGCGUUUCAGGAUCUUUUCUGGUCUGAUCUGAUUUCUACUGAAAGCUUCUACAGAACAUUUAUUUUCAUAAUUUCUAGCCAAAGUUUAAUUUAAAACCUACAUGGGGCAUCAUCAGAUUCUCUUCCACCAUCGGUUCCAGAAACAUUUCUGGGGAAUAAAACAUAAUACUGCGUUUUAAGCUUUGAAAUAUUUAUUAUUAAUUUUUUCUAAAAUGCUGAAUAUUAUGUUUAUUUGAAUGUUUGUUCUGUCUUCAGUUUAACAGAAGACCAACAGGUUUAUGUGAAGAAAGAACUUUCAGGUUCUAAGGUCUUUGUACAAGCUGUACUUCAGUACGACAUAAAUAUACUCUCCUCGA